AUGUCGCUACCUCUCACCAUCCUCGAUCUUCCCAACGAGGUUCUAAACCUUAUUGCUCAGCAUCUUGAUGCUUUCAGGGGCUCCCAAGCUUGGCUCUUUGGGAUUGAAGGCUACGCAGACAUCAAAACCAUUGAGUCUCAAAUCUUUGGCGCACGACUAAAUUGCUUGCGCUGGAGCCCAUAUGGCUCUUCUCCGUCUCGUCACGAUCCAGAUGGGCCUGGUGAAGAGGGAUGA